AUGUUUUCCUGGAUACAUCUCUCCGUCAUAGGGUUGACUCUUGUCAGCCCAGCCAUUGCUGCUGAUGAGUGUCAACCAUCAACAUGGCAAGCCAGAUUGAUGGAGACUGGCGGUAUCAACUGUCGAUUUAGCACUAAAACCGGUUCCAAAGUCAGCUCCGACACCUGUGCUACGAUAGCCAAGAAAUAUGAAAUUACCCUGGAUACCUUUUACGAGUUGAACCCAAGACUCAAGAGCGACUGCAAGAACGUCUUGCCUGAUAUCAGAUAUUGCGUGGAAGGGUUCCCAGAACCCAUUCGCGCAUAUAAUGGUCUUUGCGGACCUCCUCACUCAAAUGCGACAUGUGUUGGUACAGACAAGCAGUGCUGUAACAAGAACACUUGGACAUGCGGUGAUACAAAAUCUCACCUGUCAGGGAAAACGAAGAUCAACAGCGGACAAUCAAAGUCGUUGUUUCAGAACAAAGACGCAAUGGUUUGUAUGAUCAACUACCUGCUCUACUCCUGGUCCUUUAAGUCGUCGACGGGGAUGCACUGA